AUGCCCAAGCAACGUCAUCGCAAGAGGGUCCGCACCGCUCGUCUCAACGCGAACCCGUUGGGCCAUACCGAAUCGGAGGCCCCCACCACUAUCAACGGUGCUAGUGCAGCUGCUCCGAGUGGGUCUGUAGCUUCUACCUCGUCGUCGACGGCGACGGCUUCAGCUCAGCCUGCGAAGGUCGGCAAGAAGGAAGCCGACGCCAGCAACCUCAUCGAGCAGCUCAAGUCGGAAGAUGACAACCAACGCAUUUGGGCAACAGUAAAUACCCCUUCAACGUCAGAGUUCGGGACUCAGAUUCCGCGGCGAGGGCAGCACAGACAGGGGCUCAACCCAUGUUCUCACUCUCUCCGCAGUCGGCGCUAUCAAAUGUCUUUCUCACCUUACCACCGGGGACUCAGCGACUGUUGCUGUCCAAGAAUCUCGUCGGUCUUUUGAUCGAGCGUUUGACCGACUCGAACGACCAGGUCGCCGUCGAGGCGCUCGGUACCUUGCGCAACCUCGCCGUCGCGACCACUUCUUCGCUCGUUUCCGAGAUGCACAACAAAAAGGUGCUCGUACCGCUCGUCACGCACCACCUCCCGACCCUUAUUCAACUCUUACCCGAACGAUUGGGUCGUGUUCCUCGUGCUGCACCCGCGACUGCACCCCUCCCGAGCACAGCAGAGGACCGAAAACGAGUCCAAGCCGAGAACGACUCACGCGACACUAGGCAUCGACUGUACUGGGACUGGUGCGAGAACGUCGCGAUGCUGUUGUGGUGCCUUGCCGAGACCAACACCAAGGUCUUGAACGGUUUGAACGCCCACGCUUCUCUGCUCGUCGAAUUUGCGCUCGCUUUGAUCGAUUGCGAGGCCCUGGGGCUCGGCGCGGCCUUUGUCGAGUCAAAUGGGAUGGAAGUGGAGGGAAAGAAAGGGGGCAAGAAGAACAAGAAGAGUGCGGAUCAGAAGCGGGAACGAGUCCCGCUCUUCGUCGCCGUGGCUGCGGGUGAGUUAGGUAUCCGGCUGAAUCGAGAGGCAGUAUCUGACGUUCACGUUGACUCGUUGCCGCAGCACAAUUCCUCAACGCAUUCUUGUCCGCGAAUCCGACCGCCCACACCUCCAUCUGGGCCACAAAUGGAUCACGUGCUUCCCUCCUCCUGCUCUUGUCGACCUCCGAUGCGCCUUUAGGCAAGACUGCGCGAACCGAAACCCAUGCCGCUUCGGACCCCGCGACCGAUGCCGAGGAAUGGUUGCAACUGCGCGUCCUGGCGUUCGGUAUCUUGCUUCAGUUGUCUAGUGUUGGUGGUGGACGCAAGGUCGAGCGCACAACUAUUCGCGACGAGCUCAAGGAGUGCCAAACUUUGUUGUUGGAGUUGGUCGGAACGGAUUUGGCGGCGGUGGCGACGGCGAGUCAUGAGUCGCUCAAGGAGGUAGGUGCUACGUUGGAACGCUGAGAAUGACAUACAGAACACCUCGCUGACUGAUUUUCGGAACACCCGUAGGAGGCGAGCCUCGCCGACAAGUCGACAAGCUCGGCAGCGACAGCCAAACUUGCCUCAUACGAGAGGCAACUCUCGACAUUGCAGCUCUCAUUGGAAGUGCUCAGCGAAUGGUGUGCCUCCUUGGACGCCGAGACUUUGGGCGAGGACGCUAUCGAGGAUGAGGAUGAAGAAUGGGGAGGGAUCGCGAAGGAUGGUGAAGGUGACGUCGAGAUGGAUGAGGAGGAGGCGGAGAUGGGCGAACCUGAGGACGGCAUUAUUCGCAAGGUCCUUCCGAUGGAGGAUGAGGAUGAGGGCUUGGAUGUGCAGCCGACACUUGAACUUGGAGCUUCGGCAUUGACACUCUUUGUCGACCUCCAAGCCAAGCUCGUCAAGCUUGCCCAACCUUCGACUUCAUUGUCGUUCACUCAAUCGGCGUCUUCGGGUGUAGCACCAGCUUUCGCACCGUCUCUUCUCCCAACAUCGACGACGGCGGAUCCCACAGCCACGAUCGGGGCUGCCUCGCUUCUCUCCUCGAACGUCGUCCCGUCCGAACUCGGCCCCAUUGCCGAUAUCAUCUCUACCAUCCAUGUUCGAGCGAUCGAAACGCUCAACAACUUGUACAUCACCCUUGCCCGAGCAAUUGCCGCACCGAACGUCGCGUCGUUCCUGUCCUCCCGGAAGGACGAAUUGCAACAGGUUUGGGAAUCAAUACUGAACCUCGUCCACCGAGCAACGGUCCCCUCUGGUCUCCCAUCGACUUCUGAGGAUGCCGAAACCAUAGAGGAACGUCAGCGUGAGAUCGUGAUGGCCGGCACUGGAAUCGCAUGGGGUCUCGCCCGCAUCAGCCACGAGAUGGAGAACGCGGCCCUCAUCGUCGGUCAAGCGACGACCCCUUUCCUCCUUUCCCUCUUCUCCCACCCUUUCGCAACCGCCACAACUCCUGCGGCCGAAUCGAUCCGCGUUCGUAUCGCCGGUGCGUUGGGUUGGUUGGGUCGAAGGGAAGGCAUUUCGAACGAAGAGAACGAAACGAUCGGCACGUUCCUGCUUUCCAUCUUGCCCCUCGACAAAUCGACCUUUUCAUCCUUCAACCCCACACCCGAAGUCUUGAUCCAAUCGAUCGAUUCGCUCAUCGAUCUCUACGCCGACGAAGAUAGCGCCUACGAUGUCGCCGUUUUCCGCUCCAAGGGUUUCUUACCUCGCUUGGAAGUGAGCGUACCGGGGGUGAGGGCUCAGACGAAGAAGAUUGAUCGGAAAAAGUUCCCCGAGCUGAGGACGAGGGCCGAUGGCGCGUUGGAGAACUUGGACGCUUUCGUCAAGUACCGCAAGAAUAUCAUUUAA